AUGAGGAACCCAAGAUUUCUGCUGGGAAUGGUGUUUCCAAACUCUAUGGUUUUUAAGAAUGUUGUGCAGAAGUAUGCUGUUUUAACAAGGAAAGAGCUAAGGUUUGAGAGGAACACUAAAGACAAGGUGCUUGUAAGGUGCAGGACCUCACCACGGUGCCCAUUUUGGCUUUAUGCAAGUUCACCGAAUGAAAGGACAGCUGUAGUAAUGAUCAAGGUUUACAGGCCAGUACACGAGUGUUCAUCACUAAAGGGUAGAGUUUAUCACUUCCAUGCACCAUUCAUUGCACAAGAGUACAUGGACCAGUUCAUGGCAGAUGGGAACUGGUCAAGAGAGAGAAUCCAGAAUGCAGUGAAUAUGGAUUUUGUCUACCAAAUGGCUUACAGAGCUAAAAGAAUGGCAAAGCAGAAGGCACAAAGGACAUAUGAAGAGCUGUACAAUCGGUUGGAGAGUUAUGCGUAUGAGUUGAAGAAAAGAAAUCUAGGAACUUCUGUCUGGAUCCGAACUGAGCUACAAGGUGAAGUUACGAGGUUUAAAAGAAUUUAUAUUUAUUUUGAAGCUUUGAAGAAGGGCUGGGGAGCAGGCUGCAGACCUAUCAUAGGUCUUGAUGGAUGUGAUUUAAGGGGUGUGCACAAGGGCCAAUUGUUGUUUGCUAUUAGGAUUGAUGGCAAUAAUGGCUUGCACUCAAUUGCGUAUGCAAUAGUGGAGUAA